UUUUACUCGUGUUUAAACAUGGCCGCCGUGACGUUUCUCGUCUGGUUGCUCAUGUCCGUCACCGUGACGUCACAGAAGACCAAGGAGCAGCUGGCCAAGGAGGACAAAGAAUUCGAUGACGAGCUGAACAUCACGUCCAAAGAGAAACUUCUGGUCAAGCGUCUGAUCAGCAGGUACCAGCGUAUGGGCAAGGAGGGUCGACCAGUGGUCAACACCUCUGAUGCCGUGAGAGUGGACUUUGGUCUGUCUCUCAUCCAAAUUUUGGACGUCGACGUCAAGGACCAGGUCCUGAAAACCAACGUCUGGUACGAAUAUACGUGGCAGGAUGUUCUACUCCGCUGGGAUGUGGAGGAGUACGACAACAUCACGGAUGUUCGGAUACCAUCAUCAAAUAUCUGGCUACCUGACAUCCUGCUAUACAACUUCGCCGACGACCGCCUACAGGAACAGAGGAACGCCCUGGUUGUCGUCAACCACAACGGGGCGCUACUCUGGAUGCCCCAAGCCAUCCUGCGCAGCUCGUGUGCGUUUGACACGCUGUAUUUCCCCUUUGACGAGCAGACGUGUGUGCUCAAGUUUGGCUCCUGGACCUACAACGGCUUCAAGCUAGACAUACAUUUUAUUUCAGGAAGACAACAAUUUGAGCUAACAGAUUACAUCGAGAACAACGAGUGGACCAUUAUCGAAAACUCAGGUCACCGUAACAUCAAGAAAUACACGUGCUGCCCUGAGCCCUACCCUGACCUCAAGUUUAAGCUCGUCUUGAGGCGUCGGGUGGCGUUUUACACCUUCAUCCUCAUCAUGCCCUGCGCCCUUCUCUCACUGCUCACCAUGGUCAUCUUCUGGGUGCCCCCAGAGUCGCCAGCCAAGUUGACAUUAGGUAUGAACAUCUUCUUGGCUUUCUUUGUCUUGCUGCUGCUUUUGGCCGAGUCGACACCCAAAGCCGCAUCAACCAUUCCUUUAAUUGGUGCUUACUUCUGCAUGAACAUGAUCAUGAUAACGCUGUCUGAGAUCCUGGCCUGUGUGGUGGCCAACAUGCACUUCCGGGGGGUCCGGAUCAACCGUGUACCCAAGUGUCUCAGAGUGUUUAUGAUAAACUUCAUGGCGCGUAUCCUGUGCAUCACCGACCAGUUCCUGGAGAAAGAGAACGCCCCCGUGGUGGCCGGACCCCCCAAGAAGCGGUGGAACGCCGGACGGGUAGGUGGCGACACCAACAGGCCGCAGUACCCCUAUACAGACAUUUCGUUCGCUCAGGUACGUCUGCUAGACAAUGGCGCCGAGAAACGUCAGCAGGAGCAGGAUAUGUGUGGAGGAGGGGGAGGGAACGGCCUGGAUGGAAGGGGUGGGCCGGGGUUUGCCUUCCCUCCCAUCGGAGAUGAGUACCUGUCUCACAGUCAGUCCAACCUACAGGUGCUGGAAGAGGUAAAGGCUAUCCGGGACAUGCUGGAGAAAGUUCGAGAAAAGAAGGCUAAGGCGGCGGAGAAGGACAAGAUCUACCACGAGUGGCGUGUAGUGGGGCUGGUGACAGACCGCGUCAUCUUCAGCUUCUACGUCGUCACCAACUUCGUCGGGCUGAUGAUCAUCUUUAUCUGGCAGAUCAAGCGGGAGCCGCCUCAGCUCAAGGGAUUCGGGGACGAGUCGUAG